AUGGAGACGCCCUCUACAUUUAUCCGGGGUAUUCUCUUGAUUUUCGUUGCUUUCUACGGGCUCUUUACAUUUUGCAUGUAUAGUGCCUUUUUCAUCUGGUCAGGAGCUGUCUUCCAGCGGACGACGGAGCAGCGGAGAUUGGAGCUGUUGCUAGCAAAGGACCGCCUUUGGAACCUCUCGAAGCAAUGGGAAGGCUUCUCCCACCACUUCCUAACCCUCAAGAAUGGCUUCAAGUUCCACUAUGUCUCCAGUGACAACCUCUUGGCCAUGGAAAACACAUCACAAACAAUGGCAACCAAGAAAUCAAAAGCAAGAAAGCCGCUUGUCAUUUUUAUGCACGGCUUUCCGGACAGCUGGGCGAUUUGGCGCCACCUGCUGGUCUCGUCAGUGCUUUGGGAGAAGUCUACUAUUGUUGCUUUUGACCUACCAGGAUAUGGCGGGAGCGACUCGUUAAAGAAAUACGGCGCAACGGAGGUUUUGGAACAUGUUGCUGAGUUCAUUCUUGCUAUCAGGCGCAAGUAUGGGAUUAAUGUCAACGGUAAUGGUGAUGGUGAUAAGGUUACUGAUUCAGAUACGGGCGCGGGCGCGAGUGGGGAUAAGAAGCAGAAUCCAGCAAAGGUUAUUCUUGUUGCACAUGAUUGGGGUGCUGUGAUAGGUUUUCGUCUCGCAUCGGAAGCCCCACAAUUGGUCGACAGGUUUAUCUUGACGAAUGGUCCCUUACUACCAUUGGCGAGAGCAAAUAUUUCGCUUGCAUGGAAAUCCUCGGGAAAAAUGUUAAUGACAUUUCUGCGAAACCCAUUCCACUCCCACAGGCUUCUCCUACGGGCUAUAUCUAGGCUGAGCCCGUUAUUACGCCAACUGUUCCUCUCAGGGUACAUUUUUGUGUUUCAGCUUCCCAUGCCCAUAGUGCGUUACGUGGGCAGCGGUGGCAAUUACUCCUUGUUAAAGGCGAUCCACCAGCGGGCGGCAGGGAAAGUCGACGAAUUCACUGUCCGAGAUGCCCAAGAGUCCAUGGCGAGCACUUUGGGUCCUGGCAGCUCGGAAUGCAACACUACAACAAAGGACGGUGAAGGGUACCCACCCAGUGUCUUACGGCGCAGCAAGCUAGGAAACUUCGGUGACAUGAUCUCCUAUUACCGACAUGGUGCUGCAGUGAGCACUUGGCACAAAUCUCUUGAGACAAUUUCCGCACUGUACGGGCUUGGGGAGUCUCGACGGACGAGCAGCGGGAUGCCGCUCCAGGACGGGCCCCACGGAGCACUGAGGGCGAAUGCGACAAUUGUAUGGGGAGAGCGUGAUAGGGCGCUGGACCCUCGGGUGAUUCUGGAAGGAAUCGCAGACUACCUAGUACAUGGCAGUCAGCUGGUUAUAUUGCCGCGUACGGCGCAUUACACACCAAUGGAGGUGGAAGGGUGCGCGGCUUUGGAGAAGGCUGUGGAGUGGGCUAUUUGUGGUGAGCAUGGGGAUGUUGGUGCGGCAAUUACUGACGUGUAUCCUGGCGCUGUUGUGACGGUGAGGAAAUAA